UGACAGUGUCAUUUUGUAAACACAUGUGGAGUUCUUUUAGUGUGUUAUUUUUAUAACUUUAUUAUAAUUAAAUAAAAUGCCAAAAGUAAAAGCGGAGAAAAAAUCCCGAGUUCACAAUGAAAUUGCUAAACAGGGUAUACAAUUUAACAAGGAUUUUGGACAGCAUAUUUUGAAGAAUCCUCUUAUAAUAACGUCUAUGCUAGACAAGUCUGGUCUUAGGCCGACAGAUGUAGCUCUUGAGAUUGGUCCUGGUACUGGUAACAUGACUGUCAAGCUCCUCGACAGAGUUAAAAAAGUCAUCGCUUGUGAAAUAGAUACACGAUUGGUUGCUGAACUUCAAAAGCGUGUGCAGGGUACUCCCUAUCAAGCAAAACUACAGAUCCUUGUCGGAGAUGUACUGAAGACAGAGUUACCCUUUUUUGACAUUUGUGUAGCUAAUAUACCAUACCAGAUUAGUUCACCAUUAGUAUUCAAACUGCUAUUGCACAGACCAUUCUUCAGAUGUGCAGUGCUUAUGUUUCAACAGGAAUUUGCCCAGAGACUGGUGGCAAAGCCUGGAGACAAGCUGUAUUGUAGGUUGUCAGUCAAUACUCAAUUAUUAGCUCGAGUGGACAUGUUGAUGAAGGUUGGCAAGAACAACUUCAGGCCUCCGCCAAAAGUAGAAUCCAGUGUGGUGAGGAUAGAACCUAGGAAUCCUCCACCACCUAUAAAUUUUGUGGAAUGGGAUGGCUUGACCAGGAUAGCCUUUGUGCGGAAAAACAAGACUUUGUCAGCAGUAUUCAAACAGUGCACCACCAUGGCUGUUUUAGAAAAGAACUAUAGAGUUCAUUGCUCUCUCCAUAAUAAGGAAAUCCCAGAAGAGUUUGAUAUAAAGCAGAAAGUACAAGAUAUAUUAGUGAAUGCUGAAGCAGACCAGAUGAGAGCAAGGACUAUGGAUACAGAUGACUUCAUGAAGUUACUACAUGCUUUCAAUUCUGAAGGAAUACACUUUGCUUAGUACUA